GCGCAAGAUGCUGCGAGGUCGGUUGCUUAAUAAAUGCAGCAGGUUCGUGCCAAACAAGCUCCGUGGUCUACUUCCUAACGAUGCGACUACAAUACGGAUAUAUAAAUACUUUCCUCUGUAUUUAUAAUCAGUUAUGCACUUGAGUUUAAAAAUGAUUUUUAAACUGAACGAAUGGAUCGUUGCAGACAGAAGAAUCAAAUUGAUUACAAAAAAUUCCACCACAAACAAAAACACGAGACUACGUCGAACACGUAGGAACCGAUGUUAUUAGCUAGAAUGUUUCUACAGGGAUUUCGUUUACAAGGACACACACGCACGCAUUGCGGAAAGAGUGUGGAGUCGGACUUUUAUAAACAACGGUCGACCUUAUUCUCUUUCAACAGGAACUGGAAGGGAAUCUUCAUCUUAGUUCGUUUUCUAAGUUACUUGGUUUUACAAAUUGGACACACAUGGCUUCAACAGUUGACUUCAGGACGCAUGUCGACCAGUCAUGCAGAUAUUCGGAGGAGUUCGUUAAUAUCUAUUACGAUUGCAUGGAUAAGAAAAGGAGGAAUCUGACGAGGCUCUACCUGGACAAGGCCACUCUCGUGUGGAAUGGCAACGCAGUCUCGGGCCAGGAUGCACUGGGAGAAUUCUUCGAGUCCUUGCCAUCCAGCGAAUUUCAAGUGCACACUCUAGAUUGCCAGCCGGUGCAUGAGCAAGCAACACAAGGCCAGACCACCUUGUUGGUAGUUACUGCAGGAUCAGUGAAAUUUGAUGGAAACAAACAACGAUACUUCAACCAGAACUUCCUGCUUACAGCUCAAGCCUCUCCCUCCAGUGACCAGCCUGUGUGGAAGAUUGCUAGUGACUGUUUCCGAUUCCAGGACUGGGCUAGCUAAAAGUUGCUCAUUUCUAUAACCGUAACUUUUUUUUUUUUUUA